CAUUUUACUGGCCAGAAACAGAAUCGAACCCGGAACCUCCUAGUUACCCCAAGAAAGUCUUGAGUAUCCCAACGGGUACGGGGUAUGCGCCUUCAUAAUAUGCUAGGUCCUCUCAUUAGGAGGAAUGAAAGACUCCUCAAAAUUGCACAAGUUGAGAAUAAAAAGAAAAUGGCUGCUGUAAUUAAGAAUGUAUUGAUAGUAUAUGCUCAUCAAGACCCAUUGUCUUUUAAUGCUGCUCUCAAGAAUGCUGCAGUCCAGACCUUAGAAAGUCAAGGUUAUAAGGUCAAGGUCAUUGAUCUGUAUGCUCAGCAUUUUGAACCAAGAGCUACCAGGUCUGAUAUAAUAGGUGAAUUAUAUGAUGCUAAGAAGUUUUCUUAUGUACGAGAGGUUGGAAAGGCUUUCAAGGAAGACCGUCUGAGUCAUGACAUAAAGACUGAGAUGGAAAAACUAAAGGAAGCCGACCUGGUUAUUUUCCAGUUUCCGCUCUAUUGGUUUAGCAUGCCAGCUAUACUUAAAGGAUGGGUAGACAGGGUAUUUGCUAAUGGAUUUGCUUAUAAUUAUGCCAAAGCACAAAUAUGUGAUAACGGUCUAAUGUCAGGAAAGAAAGCAAUGUUAUCAUUGACAACUGGUGAAGCCGAUACACAAUAUACUAAUAUAGGAUUAAAGGGAGAUAUAAAUAUUAUAUUAUGGUCAAUGGAGUAUGGUAUUUUACGAUUUGUUGGAUUUGAUGUUCUGAAAGCUCAGGUGUCUUACGGGCCAGCAAUGGCGGCCGAUACCAAACGGAAGUCCAUGCUUGAUAACUGGACAACAAGAUUGAAGGACAUAGCCAAAGAAAAGCCAUUAGAGUUUAUUCCGAUUGAAAAUUUUGAUUAUAACAAAGGUGGCCAGUUGUCUGAAGAAUAUGUCAAUCGCCAUAAAGAAGAUAAAACAUCACCUACCAUUGGUCAGAACAUGGGGAAACUACUACCCCAAUAGGGUAUAUAAUCUGCGGACCCUUAAUAACAAUUUGGGAAAGACCUUUAUAUAUUAGUUUGUAGUAACAAUUUGCAAUUCGUAAUGAUAGUAAUAAUUCUUAAACUGUUAAAUGUGGAAAGGUAAUCUUACUUUUUUGGUAUAAUCCAAAUUAUAUUACAAUCCAAGAACUGAAAAAUAUAAUCACGUGGAAUAAAGUUGGUGGAAAAGCGAAGAUCAUGAAAGAUACCCAAUCUGAACCCAUGACAAGAUAAAAACAUUGUCAGUGCUUACAAAAUCGUAUGGCGAAUAUAUCAAUAUUUUUGGGCAUCCUUUCAAGAUCAAAAUUAAUGUACAAGAAUAUAAAAUGCAUAAACCAUUACUAUUUUGCAGGUUCAUUGAGAGUGCCACAAGAAAGUCGCCUGGCACCCCGCCCAUUUGUCUUUUUGUAUUUUUUAUUGCUUUGUUUGUUUGUUGGGGGGUUGGAUGGCUGAAUGGUUAGCGUGCGCGCGCUGUAUCAUAAAGUCUGUCAUUGAGUCAACUGGCGUGGUUUCGAAACAAUAUGUUAGUCCCGAAAUGACCUAGUUUGUGUCGAGGAGUGGACGUUAAACCCCAUUUCUUUCUCUUUGCUUUGUUUGUUGUUGUUUGCUUGGGCUUUUUACGGGGGUGGGGGGGGGGGGGUAUAAUGUAAUUAUUUAGAAUCAGUUGAUUGUUCUUCGAAAAUCAAGCAUUUUACGUUACUUAAUAUGUUCUGUAUAUGAUGUAUAUUUUGAAAUAAAAUGUAAUCUUUUC